AGUGCUCGUUAUGGAAGUGGUUAAGGAACAACUUAUGUUGAUAUGGUUAAGAGGUAUUUCUGAAAUCUUUGUACAUGUGCAGAUUUCUUUCUAAUUCAUUUAUAUAAUAAUAUAAUAUAAUUAAUAUUGGUCUUAAAGGGAUAAUAGUGGUGAAUGGGUCUGUGUGAUGAUCCCAUGUGAUAAAUGUCACAAUGAGAGUCAUGUUAGGGACAGGCCACCCCAUAAUUCUAUCCAUGAAAAUGACACUGCAGAAAUAUGAUUACCAUGUGGAGCAGCAGAGCCUGUUGGUUAUAAAUAGGACUGAGCAGUUCUCUUUCAGUGAGUGCAAUGAGGCUACAGACGAGGUGAAGCUCCUAGUACAAUGUCCAGGGAAACCUUCCCCUUCACCACGACCGCCCUACGUUCCCUCCAAUGGCAGAGAGAACAGCUGGAGAACGAGGAUCGCAGGAGGGCGGUGAGCAGGCAGUGUCUCGCCCGCAGGUUACAGACCGACAGAAGCGCUUAUCGCCCCCCUGCUAGCCAGCGGCGCCAGUACUGCCGCGAUGCCGCCAUCCACAAUGCCCUGUACACUGGCGAUAUAGAGAGGAUUAAGGUCAUAUUCAGAGAACAGGACUCGGCAGAAGUCGUGGUGGAGACGGUCAGUGAAGAGCUGCAGUGGUCUCCAGACAUAGGUCUCUUCUCCUUAACACCUAAAAAGUCUCACACCACCCCACUGCGUAUCACUGCCGCUCGGGGGUACUCGGAGUGUGUGCGCUACUUGAUAUGCCACGGUGCCAACCCCAACAAUACAGUCGGGGGAAGGGGAGCGCUGCACGACGCCUGCGAGGGAGGACACGCUGUGUGUACCCAGCUACUGGUAAGCCGUGGAGCAGACUGCAAUCUACAGAGCGAAGAUGGCCAGGCACCCCUCCACUUCUGUACCACAAAGGACACCCUGGAGUGCGCAAGACAGCUGCUGGAAUAUGGUGCUAUUGUGAACCUUCCCUGCCAUUACACCCGUGCUACGCCAUUGCACGUGGCAGCCACCCGUGGUCUGGAAGCCCAUGUAACGUUGUACUUAAGUCUUGGUGCUGACCCUUGUGCCCUCAACCGCGAGAGCGAGACGCCCGUUAAUGCAGCCUGUGCAGCCGGUGACUCCCCGCAGCACUUUGGCCGAUACCUGAGGGUUGUAGAGAUGUUGCUGAAGGCAGGGGGUCCGCCCAGUACUCCUGGGAAGAAGGGCCAUGGGCCCCUGCACAAUGCCAGCUCCAACUGCCAUCUUAGUCUGGUGAAAAUGUUGCUCGACCAUGGGGCAUCUGUCAAUGUGACAAAUAGCGCUGGGUACACCCCGCUGGAUUGUGCACUACAGGUGUGCACUGAUUAUCCUGAGUGUCAGCCCGAUCAGCUGGUACAGACAUUACUCAACCAUGGAUCCGAGUCCCCUAGUGUCAAGAUGUGGCGGUACUGUGCUGCGUCCCCCCUGGCCUUUGAGAUCCUUCUGAACUCCUACGAUCGUAUCCCACCAGGUGACUUCUGGGUAGAAGCUGUGCCCCCUUCAGUGUGGAAGGAACAUCAGACUUUAUAUGAAUCCAUCUCGCUACUUUCAAAUCAACCUCGGCGUCUUCAACACCUCGCUCGCUGUGCUGUGAGAAGUAAAUAUGGCGGCCUAUGCUACAAAGCGAUUCCAGAUCUUCGAUUGCCCCCAGCUCUCACGGCAUAUCUCCUCCUGCAGCCAGAGGGCAGUAUUCACUAACUGGGGAUCAUGAAGAGGUGAUUGCAAGUUUGUCAAUUGAAGGCCGCGUCAGACUUCUCUACCAUUAGUCCAAUGACCAAUAUGCACCAAGAUAUACCGUAUUUUCCGGCGUAUAAGACGACUGGGCGUAUAAGACGACCCCCUAAUUUUCCAGGAAAAAUGUU